AUGUCGAGCUUGCAUGCGACAAAUUGGAGCUACGAGGAGUCCCGCCAAGAGACGCGGGUAACCCUGGCAAGAGCCUGCGUGAUCAUGGCGGCCAUUAUGGAUAGCUUCUUUGCUGCCUUCAUCGUGCUGGCACGGCGCUUUUCCCCGUUGCUGCUCCUUGCGGCCGUGGCCAAUGGUGUCCUCGCGGCUCCCUUCCUGUAUCGGUUCUUGGAUGUGACGGGCAAAGCGAUUUCCGAAGAUCAGGUUACCACCGAGCACAAUUUUGGGAUUAUUGCAGCAUAUUGUGGGAGCUUCGCGGGCGACUUGCCAACCAAAAAGGAGGCCGCAGUGCUAUGGGCCGGCUCUACGUUUCGGCUGAACGAUGCCAUCGAUAGUGUUGCCCAACAGGCUUGGGCUGAAGAUGAAAGCGCCAUUUUGAGGAGCUUCGCUUCCUGGGCUUGCGACCGAGCUCAGAGGAAUGCCAAAGCCAGGAAAGGUGAAGAGCACGAGAAGAUGCAAGCUUUGAAGCAAAUCAUCCAAAGCAAAAAAGAGGACAUGCGGCCAGAUACACAGCCGGCCGAGAGCAAGGAUGAAGCGCAUGGCGACGACGACGACCACGCCUGCCAGCGAGAGGGAGAGGACAAGGAGGCUGACGAUGAAGAAAUGGAGGAGGAAGAGGAAGAAGGGGAAAAUGCCCCGGAGCCACCGCAGGAUAAGAAGGAGGGAGCCCAGAAGUCCCCCAAGGAUAAGAAGGAUGAACCCCAGAAGUCCCCGAAGGAUAAGAAGAAAGAUCCCCAGAAGUCCCCCGAGGAUAAGAAGAAAUGUCCCCAGAAACCCGAGGACAAAGACAAAGAUUCUCAGAAGCCGAUUGACAAGGUCAAAGCGCAUUGGGCCCCCAAGUUCCGGGAGUUGGCAAAGAAGGACGACCGUUUGGAGUUGGACGAGCUCGUGCUGACAGGAUCCAAAGGGUCAUGGACUAUUCGAUUGGAGGGUCACGAGACUACCAUUUCCCCGAGGUUCACGCCAUCUUCCGGACACUGGUACGUGACCGAUCCUGACCCGGGCCGAAUUCCCGGAUUGAACCUCAAAUACAAGAUGGACUUUGCUAUCAACCAAAAGGGCGGCCUCACCAUGGGAUGGAACCACUUCGACAGCUUGGAGCUUUCGCCUGGCACCCAAAAGUUCGUUCGGGAUUGGGGUCAGCUUGAGUUCCUUCGGGUUUUGGCUUCGCAUCGCAUCAAGGUGGAAGGCUGCUUUACAUGCAGCUGGGUGGCAGCUGUGAAUGGGUUCUGGCAACUCCGGCAGCACGAGCAUACGCAGAAGCCUCGCUCCAAAAGGUUAGCAGGCAUGGCUGACUGGAUGUUAAGCGACCUGGCCCUGUCUCGCGAAUGCUUGCUUGCAUUGGCCUAUGCUGGCUUUCCCAGCUUGAUGUUACACCUUGUCGACUACAUAGCCCAGAAUGCAACUGGCUCCAACCGAGUUCGAGCUGAAGCCUCGGUUUUGAUUGCCUUUAUGUCAUACGACAGCAGCAAGGAAGAUGCCCAGAAUCCUUUCCCAGAGUAUGAGGAGACGCCGCCUGGAAAGAGAACUUUCCAAGGCAAGAAAGCCGGCAGGGGCCCGCUGAGAGUCGAUUCCGCUGCCACACUAGUUGUGGAAACCCCGCCGCCGAAGCUGAAGCGGCCUGGAUCGACCGAAUUGUCAGGAUCUCUUUCGAAGAAGGUCAGGCAUGCUUUAAAAGCUGAUGCAACAAAGGCACAAAAGAACCUCGAGGAUGAGUUUGAGGAGGCUGAUUGCAGCCAGGGCCAGGAGGAUCCAGACACCACAGCCAACAAAGAAGCCCCCAAAGGCAAGAGAACAUCCCCUAAGGCCAAGGCCAAAGCAAAGAACAAAGCAAGGGUUGCCAGCAGCAAACCCAAAGCCACCAAGCCCAACGAAGACCCCAGCAAGACCAAGCCCAAGAAGGACUCUGGCAAAACACCCGCGACCAAGCCCAGCAAGAAGCCUGACAGCAAAGCAAAGGCCAAGGCCACGCCCAAAAAGGACUCUGGCAAAACAGCCGCGACCAAGCCCAGCAUCGACGAUGGAAGCGAGACCGAAGAGCCCAGUGACAAGAAAGCUAGGUCUAGCAAGGAUCCCAUGCCCAGGUCUCCCAAGAGAUCUCCGAAGAAAGCAGGUGCCAAGCCGACAUCCCCACAGAAAAGCAAGGCAAGCAAGAACGAGCAGGAGGAGCAAAGCAUGGACGAAAAGAAAAAGAUAGCACACAGGAUGUACAUGCGAUUCUACAGAAGUGUCCACAGCAAGAACAAGAUGAGCAGUUUGUACGAGGACUUCCUCCAAACGGAGGGGAACUGGAGGAAUAGUCUGGUGUACAAAAGCAUCAAGUCCAUCACCCGCAACGGACGUCGCGGCAUUCGCCGCUGGAUCACAAAGCGCCAAAUGCUGACCGUGUUCGACUCCGCAGAAGUCGUGGACAGCAUUAUCGCCCGCAAAGAGACAGACGAUUACCUUCGGUCUACGGAAGUCAGGGAGCACCCGGACUGCCCAGGACUCAUGCAGUACUUGGUGCUUGUCGAGGAGGAAGUGACAGACGAGGAUAUGGAUGAGAUUGAGGAUAUGUUCCGGAUGGAGGACGACAAAGAGGAAAUGUCACCGGAGGAUAAGGAGAAGGAGGAGGAGAAAGUGCGACUGAAGAAGACAAAGCAGGAUGCCAACAAGGUGAUCGGCCAGCUCAGCAAGAUGAUUCGCGACCACAACACAAAGAUUGGAGAGCUGGAAGGUUUGUUUGGGGCUAAGAGCAAGACCGUGCAGAACGCCGUUCGGAAGGAGGUCAAUGAUGCCAUCGCACAGCUCACGGCCUGCAGAGCAAACUUGCAGGCUGCUAUCGAUGGGCAUCAGGAGGAGCAGAUGUUGUCGAUGACCGACGCCGCCAAGGAUCUGAUGAAGAAGAUGGAGGGCUCAGUGCUUGCAUUCAGCAAGAAGAAAAGUGCUCUCCCGCCUUCAUCAGAAAUGGUGUUCGACAUGAUCGACAAUGCGAGCUCCAUCGGCCGCGAGGACGCUGCUGGUGCUCUGCUGCCCGCCCCGCUCACGAAGAUGGGAUCCUUUUGCGGCAAGAACAAUGCCCGUGACUUUGCACGAUCCGUUCGGCUUCCCGUGGUGCUUGCUUACGCCCCUACUUACGUGGAAACCAUCGUCAAGAAGAAGGCUGAUUCGGAGGAAGAAGUACGUGUAAAGAUUCCGGUUCUCCUCCCCCACUGCAUACUGGCCUAUGUGUUUGACGAGCUGGGCCUCAACAUUAGUACAGAUGCCCUAUCCAAGUAUUGGAAGCACUGCAAGCGCUACUGUCCCUGGGCUUCCGAUCCCGCUUUCGAUGGCACUCACAUCCCUGUAACACUCUACGGGGACACGGCUCGAUAUGGGCAAGGCUACGAUCAAAGCAAAGUGACAGGUUGCUUUUUGAUGUUCUUGGUGGAGAAUGGGUAUUUUGGAGACCCGGUCGCCAAUUCCUUGCACAAGCUCUUGGUUGUUGCCUUCCGCGAUUUUAAGACAUUCCAAAGGUCAUUUCAUCAUCAACUGAAAGAUGUCAAGCACCGACGUCUCAACACACGGCUGCACCACACGUUUCGUGAAGAAGAUGCUAUGCGGUGGCUGAAAGGUGCCUGA